UGUCGAGUUAUUGAUGUGUUGUGUGUGUAGUCGUUGCUUGUAUAAAUUUGUAAACCACUGUGCAGAAAAUGGGCAAUUCUGCGGUUAAACAGCAUCUGCAAAAUGCAGAGAAGACAGGUGUUUGCCAACUAGGGAAAAUGGGCAUAGAAGAGGUUCCGCCAGCUCUGCACAGAUUGGUUGGAAAUCUGAGGACCCUGGAUAUGUCUGAGAACAAGAUAAUUUAUCUGCCAGCAAAUAUGGGUGACUUUGGUCAGCUUAAGUCAUUAAAUAUAAGCAACAACCGCAUAGUCUCACUGCCUGAGAACAUUGGGAAAUUAAAAAGAAUUGAAACCUUGAUCGCCAGCCAUAACCACAUAACUGGACUCACACCAACCGUCUGCAAGUUAAACACGCUGAAAAUCGUGUCAUUUGGAAACAAUAACCUGACCAAAUUUCCGAUGGAAUUGUGUGGCUUGCGCUGUCUUAAUGUUCUGGAGUUACAGUCGAAUAAGAUCGCAGAAGUUCCGGACGGCGUAGAAACGCUACAAUGUAUUGAACUUAACCUUAAUCAAAAUCAGAUCAGCAAGGUGUCUGCGCGUCUGGCCGAGUGUCCGCGACUGAAGUGCUGCGACUGCGAGUACAUGGAGCGGUACACAGCAACCAAAAAGAAAUUUGCUUGA